UGCAUCGUCACUCGCGACAGUCGCGAUGAAUUUUGCCGGCUUCUUUCUCUCGACCCUUUUGCUUUUCUCAAUUUUUCAAUCGAAUGCGGUCCAAGCCAUACUCAAUGGCAAUCCGGCCGGCCAAGAAGUGGCCGAUUACCAGGUGAGCGUUCAGGACUUUCGCGGACACAACAUUUGCGGGGGUGGACUUCUGACGCCACAGAUCGCGAUCACAGCGGCUCACUGCGUCACCGAUCGAGAGGGCAAAAUUCUGCGCAUGAAGCUGCAAGUCUUCACUGGUGCGACCGAUCUGACCUCGCCUCAAGGGGUCACCAGACGAGUCGACAAAAUCUUCAUCUCCAAGCAUUUCGAGCGCAAAGAGACCAGUGGUCGCUCUUAUCACAAGGCUAAUAUCGCCUUGCUGAGGUUGAAGCAUCCGGCGUCGAACGCGGCGCGAUUCCUGUACGUGGACGAGAGCCCGCCCACGGUGGACGUGCCGCAGCCGCAGCAGGGCCUCGUGGCGGGCUACGGCGCGACGAGGGUCGAGCUGGUGCGCGACCGCGACACCGGCGAGGAGUACUGGCGCGGCGACUCCAACACCCAGCUGCGCUCGAUGCGCCAGACGACCCUGCGCGAUCGCACCUGCCAACGCACCUACGGCCUCGGCGCCCACGAUCACGCGGUCUUCUGCGCCCAGGUGCCGCCCUACGGACUGCGAGUGCCCAAGGGCGUGUGCAUGGGCGAUCACGGCAGUCCCUUGGUGAUUCGGGAUCGCGAGAUCCUCGGCAUCCACUCGAACGGACCCGAGGACUGCAACGAGCUCUACACGCCGUCGCUGUACACGCGAGUCGAGCCGUAUCGCUCGCUGAUUCGUCACGCGCUCCAAAAUUCGGCCGGAGAGCAUCAUCGCGUGUACAAGUACGACAAGGGGAGCGAUCGCUACUACGAUACCAGGCCUCUCGACCGAUAG